CUCUAAUGGGAAUACGGCAUUCCAGUUUGUCAAAAUACGUUUCGUGGAGAUUAUACUAGUGGAGGAGAGCGAAGCAGCCGGUGAAUAAACAUGGCAGAGACCGGGGAGGCGACUACAAAGGAGAUGCCAAAGACUUCUCUAUUAGGAGAGGUUGAGGUAGAAGUUGACAUCAAAGCUCCUGCGGCGAAAUUCUAUCACGUGUAUGCAGGAAGACCAGACAAUGUCGCCAAAGCCACUUCUCGCAAAGUGCAAGCAUGUGAUCUGCUCGAAGGGGAGUGGGGCACCGUAGGCAGUAUUGUCAACUGGAACUACGUUUAUGGGGGGAAGGCAAAGGUGGCAAAAGAAAGAAUCGAAUUGGUGGAACCAGAGAAGAAACUGAUAAAGUUUAGGGUCAUAGAAGGAGAUGUUUUGGCCGUGUACAAGAGUUUCUUGAUUACGAUUCAGGCAACCCCGAAGGAAGGUGGGGUUGGAAGUGUGGUGAAAUGGCACCUUGAGUACGAGCGGAAUGAUGAGAACGUGCCUCACCCCGAGAAUUUCCUCCCUUUCUUGGCUGAGAUGACCAAAGAGAUCGAUGAACACCUCUUAUCCGAGGAAUAAUAGAUAGACUUUUGGGUUUUGGCAAUAGCUAGCUAUGGCUCAUGCUCUUUCUAGAUUAAGAUGAGAUAAAGUUUAUGAAUUUAAUUUCAUGAUGAAAUGUCUGGUAUUUUGCAUACUUCAUGUUAAGUAUUCUUUUGUAAGACUAUCCUCAUUGAGGAGUCCUUACUUGUUUCUUAGUAAAUUUCUUAGGUGUAAUAUUAAUAAUUAAUCAACAUAAGUUAAGGAAUUGCAAGAAUCGUUUCUAAUUUUAGGAUGGAAAGAAACGUCUCUUGCUGGACAGGUGGCACCAAAUCAAUGGUUGAAGGGAAAAAGCCAAUUUAAUGGGUUUAUUUUUUUUUUCAUUUCUCUUUCACUUUCCUUUUCUCUCUUCUAUCUCUCUCUCUCUCGACAAAUCGCGAUUUCCAUUGAAUCUCUUCUUCGAUUCCGAAAAACUUAUUGCUUCUCUUCCAAUUGAUUCCCACGUCUGAUUGUCCAUGGAUUCGGCGGCGAUUUGGUUCCGGUGAAGUAGAAGGCAUGUGAUUCCGGUGUAGAUCGAUCCGUCAAAACCCUAAUAUUUGGGGAAGAUUCAAGCAGUUCGAUUUGUUCAGUUGAGCUCAAACAAGUCACACUUAAGGCGACAAGGAAACAACAUUUCAACCAACCAAAAGAGAACAUGGGGCGAUAUAGCUAUAGCCAGCCGUCGUCAUCUGACUGUAAUGGCUAUCUGGUUGACGAAGAAUCUAGCCAGCCAUCCGAGUCAAGUGCUUACAACUAUGCAGACAGUGAACUUGAGUUGGGAUUCCCCAAGAAGUGUUAUUGUGGUGUUGAACCUAUCAUUGACACAUGUUACUCGAGGAAUGAUCCAGGAAGAAAGUUCUUCUCUUGUGGGAACAUAGACGAUGGCGAGUGCCAUAUAUGGAAGUGGUGGGAUGUUGCGGUGAUGGAGGAGAUGAGAGCAACUGAAACAAACUAUGGGAAGGUUGCAUCAAAGGUAGAUACUCUUACUCACUAUGAAACUGAGCUGAGCGAGAUCAAACACUUGAAGAAAGAAACUGAUGAGAAGAUCAACAAGCUAGAGAAGCUGCUUGCUGAGUUGAAUACGAAGAACAGAGUGUUCAUAUUCAGUUUGGAAUUGGUUCUUGGUGUCCUAUUAUGUUUGGUUGCUGUGCUAUGUCUGAUUAUGUUUAAAUAGGGUAGUUUAAUUUGAUUAUGUAUGGUGUUGUUUAAGUUUGAUUGAGACUGGUUUCAUGUACUUGACUAUAGCUAUAUGAUAACAUUUUACAAACU